CAAAAUUUGACAUGGUAACGACCUUUUAAUACAUGAUUAUGUGACACGAAUGUCACGCGAUAAAGCAAAUGUUCUACACAAAGUAUAAAACUAAGGAAAAUGACCGCUGACCACACUAACCUGCAGACCAUGUUUUUGAAAUUUUAACGGUAAGAACAUGGCAACCUCAAUCGAGUUCAGAGUGCCUCAAAACAAUCCAAUAAGAGCGAACCUGCAAGCAAAGAAAAAGCCGCCACAGAAAACGCGAUCGAAGGGGCAACUAGAACAUCGAUCUUCUGCAAUCUUGCCAUUUUCGGCCUGGGUAGAACCGCAUCGUGGACAGACUCAUAGAAGCUCACAUGGAGCCCGUGAUGAAGAACUUCGACUCAAAAAACUUAUACAAGAGAAAGAAGAAAGGCUUAAAGAAUUCCAGCAGGUGGUUAAAACAAGAGUCAGAAAUAUUGAGCAAAUGAAACGAGAGGAACAACAUGGCAUGUCGGUGGAGGCUUUUGAAGUGGAGCGCAAUGUUGUUCGACAGAGUUCUAUACCUAGCACUGUCAGACGGGACAAUUGUGUUUAUCGGGAUGAGUCUGAGCUCAAAAUCCAAAGGAGCGUGACGCGAGAUUUCACAGCAGUGGAUAGUGCGAGCCAGCUGUUGGAUGAACAUGCGAAAAAAAUCAGAAAUUGUUCGAAACAUGCAAGGAAGGUUCUCAGUUCCAAAAGUCUUGGGGUAGAAGUUGAGCAAUAUAGUAAACUCCUUCCUGGAGGCUUGUGGCGUACUUCUCCGACUAAAGAUCAUGGUUUAUCCAGGAAGCCAGUUUCUCACUCAGAGGCACAAAUUCGUAGUGGUGAUUCACUUAAAGAAAUCGGUGAUUACUGGAUUGGAGAAAAUGCCAUACAAGACCAAAGUUUGGAUCAAGAUCACUUCAUUCCAGAGAGUGGUUUGCCAAGAAGUGGAGACCAGUUAUCACUUGAAAAACAUGUUCACUUUGAAAAUGAGGAAAAUUCAGAGGUAGAAAACGAGGAUUGGGACAGCCAGCUUAAAAAAAAUGAUGAUGCAUCAGCCAAGAGAAAAGACAAAUAUGUUGAAAUGCUUUUACAGCCUGCUAAGCUAUUGGAGGAAAACAAAGCACGUGCAAAAUCUCAAGUUGCUGUGUACAGGAGGCUGUUUAUGGACAUUGAGAGGGAGCAGGUGAGGGAAAACAUUCGGAUGAGGGAGCAUCGUAAAAGAAUGGAAACUUUGAAAGUUGAAAAGGAAGUUGAACGCCUCGAGAUAGAGCAACGGCAGAUUGACAAUCUUAAAAUGCAAAGAGUCAGAAAAGAAGAGGAGUCUUUUCUCAAAGCUCAAAAGGCAAAGAAAAGGGAAUUGGACUUGGUUAAGAGACACAAAAAACUCCAAAAAGAGAGGGAGACAGAGAGAUACAUUGAAGCUUUACAGGCUGUUUUAAGAGAUAAGGCACAAAGCAAGAACAUUGUUCUUCCUCCCUUGUGUUCAUGUGGACUAACAAUCUGGGACACAAACCCUGAUACUUGUGCUAACAACUGCGUUUUUUAUAAGAACCCUAAAGCAUAUGCUAAAGCUUUGUCCACAGUAUUGGCAUCCUCAAACCUUGAUUGAUUGUAACAUUAAGAACUCACAUGAAUGACUUUGUAGGCCUUUUUACUGAUUCUCAUGCACCUGCGGGAGAUCAAGGAGUCAGGGUUUGCAUUAAGAAAAGUAAAAGCAGGAGAAUAGCAUAAAACAACAAGUGAAUAUUCUCCCUUGUUGAAUGGAAAGUAGCUUAGGCAAAUAAAAUUUACACAGAGAAUUCUGUGUAGCAUACAGACAAUUUUUCAAUCUUUACACCCAAUGAACACCCAGUCAAUAUUUUACUGGAAGUCAUGACUAGUUUGUGCUUAAUAACUAAAAACUUCUCAUGCAGUAAGAUGUUGUCUGUGAGAGCCAAAACCUUUUUCACUGCAUUAAAAAAGGUGUCUACUCUCAAAAACAGAAAAUGAUGCCACAGCACAUAAAUAUUAUUUGGAAAUUCCUUCCCAACAGACAAAUGACCAUCUACUUGUCUGCUCAGGUUUACUAAUUCAGAUUGCACGGCUGAUUUAUCUUGUGGGUAAAGCUGCUUGUCUGGCUGAUAAGAGAGAGCCUGCAUGAAGGUUAUCUUACGCAUACUAUUUGUCAACCAAUCUC